ACGGACAAAUCAUUACGUACACAGAAAAGAAAAACUAAUAUUAAUCACAACAUAACGUAAUGAAUUUUUCGAAAAAUGAUGAAAAUGGAAAAUAUCUAUCCGAUACUUCACAAGGUGAUAGCAAUAAUGUUGAUUAUGGUAUUGGUAAUAGUGGUGAUCAACGGGAUGUGAUCACUCAUCAUCAGUUAUAUGCAUCAUCAUCACUAUUAUUAUCUCCCAAGAGACUAUCGCCUCGAUCUUCUAGUCAUUCCGUAUCAUUCAGUAUUAAUGAUUCGGUUGCUGAUGGUGCUAACAACAAUAACAAAAAUAGAUCCUCAAUGCCAUCAUCAUCAUCAUCAACAACAAUAACUCAUCAACAACAACAACAACAACAUUUGGAUAGUCCAAACAUGCCAAAUUUACCGAAACCACCACCAAAUACAUUACCAUUACUGGAUAAAAGUAUUGUUCCAGGACAUACGAAUGAAAAAAGUCCAAUUUCUCAUGAUAUAUUGAAUGAGAAAAGUUUGAAUGAAGAUGAAUUACCAUUACCACCACCACCACCAUCAACAAUAUCACCAUCAACAUCGACAACGCCACAACCAAUUUUUAAGCCGUUAUCAUCAUCAAAAUGUACAACUAAUCAAUCAAAACAUCAAGAAACAGAUAAUAUUGGUGGUAAUGUUAGCCGUACAAAUAGCAGCGGUAGUAUACCAGAUUAUCUAAGUCAUAAGUUACAUUCCCAGAUGAAUAUAACAGCGAAUAUUUUGAAAUCCAAAAGAAAAUCUAUAGCCGUCUCAUCAAUGUUACGACAUGGUGAUCAUUCCAGUUCGGGAACAAAUAACAGUUUAUUCAAACAACAUCAUCAUACAACAUUACGUAUGGUAAAAGAAUCAUAUGAUUCAUCAACAUCAACAACGACAAGUGAAUCUUAUCAUUUAAAUGAUCUUCCAACAUUACCUGCAAAACUAGCAACAUUAAGUAAACCACCGAUAACACCAUUUUUUAAUUCUUCAUUUCGUCGUGCACGUCAUAGUAUUGAUGUACGUGCAUUGCCUUCUUAUCUGGCUAAAAAACGUCAUAGCACAUUUGGACAAAUGCUUUCAGUUUUGAGUCCAACAGCACCGGAAGAAAGUUCAUCAUCAGAUGAUCCUUUAUUUGCCGAACCAAUUGCUCCAACACUUUCAUUGGGCGAAAGAGUUGCCUGGGUUAAAUCAUCAGGACCAGAAUUUGGUAUUGUUAGAUGGAUUGGUCGUAUGCCACAGAUAUCAUCUGAUUGGACCGUUGGUAUCGAAUUUGACAAUGCAAUCGGAUCUGGUGAUGGAACUGUCGAUGGACGACGAUAUUUUGUUGCAAAAGAAAAUUUUGCCAAAUUUUUGCCCAUAUCCGAAUUGACAAAAGUCGAUAAUUAUGCUGGCCGACCUAGAUCAGGAACAAUGUUAUCACGAAUGUCAGUUCAAUUGAAACCUGGCCAGUUAAUUAGCAUACAACGUUCACCAACAACAGCCGUACCACAUUGUUACCUUAACGCUCCACAUCACGUUGGACACGAUGUACAUGCACCAAACAAUCGUCAUUGUCAAUGUCAUAGUUGUAAUCAUCCAUGUGCUCAUAUUUGUAAAACCAGAAAACCUAAAGGCAAACGAUGGACGGAAGAUAUGGCCCAUAUGUGCCAUUUUUCCAGUAAACCUCAUGCCAAUAUGUGUUGUGGUGGUGAAGAUCUGGCAACUGCUUUUGAACCAAUUAAGGAGCCUGGUGCUAGUUGGAGACAUAGUGAAAUAAUCAGUUCAUUAAGAACGGUACCAACGGAAAUGAUUCAUCAGCGUAAAUCUACAAUCACUCAAUCAUCCAUUAAUAUGCAUGCGAUUAAAGAGACGCAGAUGUUGUUGAAAAAAUCAACCUCAUCAACAAAACAACAAAAUGUCGAUCAUUCUCCGAAUUUGCAACGUGAAAAUUUGGAUUCUGCUCUUCUUGAGCGUACUGGUUCGGAUCUUUCAAUAUCAAGUCUUCCAUCGAGUAGCUCGGUAGCUGAAAUUUAUAUUGGUCGUUCAGUAUUAACUGAUGAAUCGGAUAUUGAUUCCGAAACGGAAAGAAGUCUUGAUUCGAAUGCCAAGGCAAAUAAUAAACAAGGCUUUCGUUCACUUGUGGCUUGCUUUUUAGCAAAUUCAUUGCGGCUUAAAUCAAUGAAAUCCUAUUCAGAUAAAAGUAACCAUAACAAUAAAAAUAAUAAACCAACCGAUAGAAGUCAUUUAAGAAGGCGUAAAUAUCCUGAUAAACAUCAUCUUGAUUAUCAUCAUCCACAAGAAGCUUCUCACCAUCAUCAUCACCAUCAUCAUGAGAAUAAAAAAGUAAGAAAAAACAGGCCAAUACAACGGCUUGGAUUAAGUUCCACUGAUACCAGCUAUAAUGUCGACAUUCCAAGCAGUGUUCCAAAUACUCAACCAAACAAUAGUCUUUCAUCAGAUAUCUCUCAUCGAAUCACUGACGAAAAUCCUUCCCCAAUACCACCACCACCUCCUUCUCUUCAAAAUCCGCUUUUGGCUUCAUCGCAAUCAUCAACAACAGCCUUUUCACCUCGAUUUCAUCCAUGUAAUUCAAAAACAAAUUUUUGUGUUUCAAAAAGUUCGCCUUAUCGUAUGAGUGAAAUAAUGCAACAACAUCAUAUUGAUGGACAUAUUUCCGAAGAGAUUACAAACAGUAGUAGCAGUAGUACGCAAAGAAAUUCAAGCGAUAAACGAACAUCUAAUUAUGCUAGUAGUGAAAACUUUCAAUCUCCACGUCGAAGACGUAAUAAAGGGCCAGCUCCAAAACCUCCCAAAACUGGUAGCAAUAAUCAACAACCUACAGAAUAUUCCAUUAGUCCAGUGUCAAAUACUGAUGCCAUAUCUACUUCAUGUAAUUCCUUUCCUCGAAGUCUUUCGAAUUCAAGUAUGACAACUAAUUUUAGUUCUAAAGCCGAAGUCAUUAUAACAAAAAGCCCUUUUCAACAGCCACCAAAUCUGGUUCGAUCAUUGUCUGAGCAGAAACAAUUGAAUAUGAAAAAUUUAUUUAAUGCAUUGCCGUCAUUUCGUAGUGAAGUGAAUCUACAAGAAGUCAUUCCAACUGAAUCAGAAAUAAAUGAAUCAGAAAAAAAUGAACAUAAACAUGAAAUUAUUGAUAAAUCGAGCAAUAAAAACAAUGAUUUCGAAUCUAUAUAUGAGAUUCCAUUAUGUGGCAAAGAAUUAAUUCAAAAAGAUAUUCUACCCAUGCUUCCGGAAAAAACAUUUGAUCCUUUAAAAGUUUUCGGAUGUAAAAUGAAUUCCGAGACUAAACGAUUAGAAUCUAAUAAUCAACAAAAUUCAUCACCAAAUAUAAGUAGAAGUAAAUCCAUGCCAUUUGCUAAAUACACUUGUUGUGUUUAUCAUUGGAAAGAAUAUUUAGCUACAAUGAAUGAAAAUCAUAAAAGUGAUCAAUCUGUUCCUUGUCCAGAUCGAGAAUUAUGUGAUUUGUUAUUAGUAGAGGAUCUAUGUGAUUGUAAAACAGAUACUGGAUUUAUUAGUAAUCUUACCAAUGCAUUGUUAAGCCCUAAACAUAGUGUUCGUUUUAAAAAAAGUGAUUUCGAUCUACGAACAUCGACGACGGAAAAAUCUAAAAAUGGAAAAGAAACUAUUGAUAAUCUUUUGAAUGAAAUGAACAGCUUCGAAUUAAUACGUGUUAUGUCGGAUAGUUCUUUAACCAACACAACAAGUGCAACAACUGUGGUCGAAUAUAUUCAUGAUGAUCAAAUAGAUAAUUCAAAAUCUCAACGAAAUAGCAACGAUACAGCAAGUGUUAAUCUAAAAGAUGUAUUUUGUCAAACAAGCUUCAAAAAUUCUCCUGAAAAGUUUUCACGUCGAUGUAAACAUAAACAAUGUCGAUGUCGAACAUUAAGAUAUCGAAAUCAUCGAAAAGAUUGUCGCCAUCAAUAUGCAUGUACUUUGCAUAAUGAAUUUUGUACAUCAUCAGCCACUAAUCCAUUGUUUUUAGCUACGGAGAAAAAAUGUUCAAACGUUUGGCUAACAAGUAGCACAUCUGAUCAUUCAUUAUCAUCAUUAUCUUCUUCUAAUUCUACACUAUCUGAAACACCAUCAGCAAUGCGUACUGCAAAUGAAAUGAUUACCUCAAAUAUUCCAUUAAAAAAUCAUCUUUCUCCAAUGAAUCUUUGGGCAUCUCCUCUUGUCACAAAAUUCAGCAGAUUAAGUACUGAUGACAUUGGAAACGGAAAAAAAGAAUUGCUUGAAAAUACAAUGCAACCAGAUCGGUCAACAAUAAGCAGUGAAAAAUUAUUCAAAAGUGCUUUAAGUAAUAGUCUGAUGCAAACAUUUCCCGUUACUCCUCAUUUUUCUUCAGAAACAUUGAAAAAAUCUGCAGAUUUUAUGCCAACUGGCUUCAAUGAAGCACCGAAUGAAUUUGGCAAUAAAAAUGACUAUACAUGGUCGAAAUGUCUUUUAUCACAAUUGGAAAUUGCAAUCGCUAAUGGCGACCAUCAAAGAGCUGCUAUUCUAGCUAAAGAGCUUGCUUUCAAAAAGGUUAAUUGUUCUUUAACUGGAAAAUUUGCUUCAGGUCAAUGUGAAAUUAUAUCAAGUUGCGAUUCUCCAAUAGUAACAUAUCUUUAUAUUGACGAUAAAAUAUCUCACAAAGGACCUAUUCCAUUUCAGCUAUAUCCAUCAAUGACUGUAAAAAUGCUCAAAAUAAAGGUGGAAAAAGAAUUCGAUAUCCCAGGAGAACUGCAACAAUGGAUUUUUGGAAAAAACUUGGCCAUAAACAUGGAUGCAUCUUUAUCAACCUAUGGAAUCACUCAUUCUGGAUGCUCAAUAUUUCUUCAAAUUAAAAUGUUGAAUGAGAAUGAUAGCAGAUACAAUUUGAGCCAAGCUUCAACAUUGGCUACGACGUCUGGUUGUAAAUUGAUGGAGAAUGAAACGACAGAAACGAAUGGUGAUCUCUAUGAAAAAGAUGAUGAUAGUUUUUAUGAGUCGCUAAGACCAACAGACGAACUGCCACCAUAUUCAACGGAAGAAAUAUUGGAUAACAAAGUUCAUGUGCAAUUAGUGAAUGAUGAAAAAUCAACCGUAAACUACAUUCAAAAUCCAUUAGCAUCAUUAGAUUUUGAAGCAAUAAAUAGUGUUUCAUCACGAACUAGCUUCAAUGAAACCAUUCAUACUACUUCUAGUGACCAGGAUUUUCAAACGAAUUCCACUAAAAGUUUUUUCUAUCAGGAAACCGAUGUUCCGCCAUAUAAAAAUGAGCUCGUAUUUGAAAGUUUAAAUUUUGUCAAUGAAAUGUUGCCUAGAGUUGAGGAAGAAAAUGAAGAGGAACUUGAAGAAUAUGAUGAUGAUAAUGAAAUCGGUGAAUUUGUGAAUAAUAAUCAGGAUGAAAAAAAUCAACAUUGUUUGGAUAAAAAUUUGAUUGAACAAUUCGAAUGUCCUAGAUGUCUGAAACGAAUGGAUAUGCGAGAUACAAUUAUCUUGAAAAAAUGCAAUCAUACUUAUUGCCGUACCUGUUUGGAAAAUUCAAUUGAACUAAAUGAACAAGAUCAAAUAAAAUGUCCAUUUUGUGAUAGUGAUAAAGAAAAUAAAGAAAUCAAUGAUUAUGAUGAAACAACAUCUACUCGAUUGGAUAAUAAUCAAAAUAACAAUAAUUGCAAUAAAAAAUGA